AUUAGGAGAUCCGGAAGAGAGCGGGCCUAAAAGGAAUGUUCCAUCACACCUCGAGGACUGUCAAGAGGUGCAUUAUUUCACAUCUCAAAUAUAUAUUUUUGACUGCAGGAAAUUUUCAUAAAAAGUAAGUCAUUUAGAUUAACAUGAAAGUAUCUACUACGCGCUCGCAGGAUGAAAUCCAUGCUGAAUUGAAAAACCAGUCCGAGCUCGACCAGUGCCAAAAUAAUUUUCGACACAAGCAGAGCCAGUAACUGGAACAGGAAAUACUUACAAUGAAUCUCUUCAUGUUUAGUACCUAGACAUCUAGCUAAGCUUGUUCUUCAUGUCUGUCAUUGUCUAAUAGAAAUAUAUCAUUCACUGCACCGUCUUUUCUGAUUCCACUGUUCUAUCACUGCAAAUUAAAAUGUUACAAGGUUUGAUGUCACAAAGAUCAGCAAUCAAGAAAAUGCUAGUAAUGUAGCUAAUUUACAAGCUAGCUAUGUCAAUGUUAUUUGUUUAAUCUCUCGCAUGUGCACUUGACAAGGCAGCACAUUUGAAUGACUAUUGUUGCUACAGUGGUCCAGUCGACCAGUCCAGCUAAUACACGCAGAAAUACUAGUUAACCACAUUGAAUACACAGCUGCCUGGAUUUUUUUCUUUCUUUCUAGCUGACGUUAGCUAAUUAAGCCAAUUGUCUUGCAUUUGUAUUAUGGACGUAGCUUUUCUAACGAAACACUCAAUCUACGUGUGUGGUGGUGCUGGCAGCCUUCAAUACUAUGACUACUCAUCGUCAAUGGGCAAUACAAUAAGUGACUAUUGUGGAACUUGGAAUCGCUAGAAUAGAUCGGUUAGCUGACAACACUGAAACAAUGCGCACGUUUCAAACGGGCCGAAGUCGUGAAUAGUUUUGACGCUGGAUGGCCAGAUCCGGAACAAGAAACUCCCGUGUGGGGAAUCAUGUGGAAGGCAGCAGCAGGUCAGUCCGUCACCGUGGCGGUGGAUGAUGGAGGUGAUGACUGGGAGACAGACCCAGACUUUGAGAAUGACGUUUCAGAGAAGGAACAGCGAUGGGGGGCCAAGACGGUGGAAGGCUCCGGUCACCAGGAACACAUUAAUAUCCACAAGCUGCGUGAGAACGUGUCAUCGGAGCACAGUGACCUGAGGCAGAAGGAGCAGGCCGCCAUGCCCAAGGCCUCGGAUGGCUAUGGGGGCAAGUUUGGUGUGCAGCAGGACCGCAUGGACAAAUCUGCGGUGGGCCAUGAGUACCAGAGUAAGCUCUCCAAGCACUGCUCUCAGACAGACACAUCCAAAGGCUUCGGGGGGAAGUUUGGAGUGCAGGGCGACCGUGUCGACAAGUCCGCUGUCGGGUUUGACUAUGCCGGGAAGACUGAGAAACACGCAUCGCAGAAAGACUACUCCACAGGGUUUGGGGGGAAAUACGGGGUGCAGGCAGACCGCGUGGACAAGACUGCAAUGGGCUUUGAAUACCAGGGCAAAACGGAGAAACAUGACUCCCAGAAAGAUUACACCAAAGGUUUUGGCGGGAAGUUCGGAGUGGAGACGGACAAGGUGGACAAGAGCGCCUUGGGCUUUGAGUACCAGGGCAAAACCGAGAAGCACGAGUCUCAGAAAGAUUACGUGAAGGGCUUUGGUGGCAAGUUUGGUGUGCAGACGGACAGACAGGACAAGUCGGCCCUGGGAUGGGACCACCAGGAGAAACUGCAGCUCCACGAGUCGCAGAAAGACUACUCUCAUGGGUUCGGAGGGAAGUUUGGCAUCCAGAAGGACCGAAUGGACAAGAGUGCAGGUAACUUUGAGGAUGUGGAGAAACCAAGCCCUGCCUACCAGAGGACCAAGCCUGUGGAAACUGCCGGCAGCAGCACGGGCAGCAUCAAGGCCCGCUUUGAGAACAUCGCCAAGCAGAACGAGGAGGAGGACAAGAAGCGGGCGGAGGAGGAGAGAGCUCGCCGCCAGGCCAAGGAGAAGCAGGAGCAAGAGGAGGCGUGGCGCAAGAUGGAGGAGACAGCUAAGGCCCAGCCUGCCUCCCCGUCUCCCGAGCCCAGCCUUACCGUUAGUCCCACCCCUCCUGUCCAGAAAGCCGCACCUUUGCCUGUACCUGCUCUUGCAGCUGCCGACCCAGUUUACCAGGACUCUGGUGUGUACGAGGAUCCUGCAGCAGAAGAGAAUGGGGAGGAGCUGUACGAGGCGGAGCCCACCUCCCGAUCCUCUGCUGAGCAGAUGUAUGAGGAGCCUCCCGUCCAGGAGGAGGCGCUCUACCAGAGUCCUGACGAGACAGGAGACGCCCAGACAUAUGAGUACGGUGAGGACUUGGGGGUAACGGCAGUAGCCCUGUAUGACUACCAAGCAGCUGGUGAUGACGAAAUCUCCUUCGACCCUGAUGACAUCAUCACUAACAUUGAGACUAUUGACGAGGGCUGGUGGAGGGGUGUGUGCCGGGGUGCCUACGGCCUCUUCCCAGCCAAUUACGUUGAGCUUCGGCAAUGAGCCCGCCCACUACACCAAACAGUCUCUCCCCAUCCCUCCAUCUCUUCUAAAUCCACUCUUGCGCUCUGUCAUAUUGUUGAUCACGGUGCAUCUUUCAAGUGUGCUCGACAUUCUCAGGUCUUUCAGCUGUCCCAGUCUUUCUUCCUUUCUCUCUCUCCUCUCCUUGGGAAGAGGCUUCAGGCUGAUCAAGGACUCAGAAUAAAAGGAGAAUCACGGACAACACUCACCCUGGCUCGGCUACGCAGUAGAGCGAGAGUAAGCGGGCCAGCCCAACUUUGACAGAAAGGCCUUUUUAUUGUAAAGCAAGUCAUCAGAAAAACACUACUCCCAUUAUAAUAUCUAGUUAUAUUCUUGGUUCUAUAUCAUGCCAGGCACUCUUGCUGCUUUGCCCCACUGGCACCUGUUAGUUAAUUUACUUAUAAAUUGAAAUGUUCCCUCGUUGACAUGUAUUCAAACUUCCAAGGUAUCGAUUGAGACCUGGCGGCUACAUUAUCACGCACAGUAUAGGUAUUACGAUCACCAAAGAUCGAGAUCAGAGGUGAUGUAGAAAUGAACACCAGGCUUUAUGUGCAUAUAGUGAAUUUGGGGUCCUCUUUUUUUUAUGACGAUAUGAAGUAGCUUUUAGAACAAGCUUGGAACUAGUAUGAUGUCAAACACAACUGGACAUUUUUUUAUUAUGUGUUGAUUAAAUAAUGCCACUUCCGGAAGUUGAUUGGGGAAUUAGCACUUUGGAUCAGUUUUGUAAUAGUACAGAUCAGUGGUGAAUUGAUUUGGUGUGUAGCUGGUUCGGAGAGAGGUCUGACAUAGUGCAUUGUCUGAGCUGCGGCGAUUUCUUUCUCUUUGGAACUCUAUUGUUUGCGGAGGUUGAGGAGGUGUUGUUGAAAACGGGAUGUUUGCCUGCAUUUGCUUAAUCAUGGGGCCAAUACGAUCACCGUAGAUGGUGUGAAUCUCUGUUGCGUCUCGUCUCCACCUCUUCUCAUUGUCAUGAAAGACACCAGAAAGCAUUAGAAGAAAAUAAACGGUAUAAUUGUCCUGCUUUUUAUUCACCUGCCCAUAGUCCUGCGGUAGAUCGUAUCAGAUAGCAUGCUGAAAGUAAAUGAUGUACAGAAAGGUGUUUUUAUGAUGCGCUGAGAAAUAUAUUGGGUAGAGAAAGUACCAGAUUUUCGAGUCGCUGCGUGUUCGAUGUGGACAAGACCUGUCUACAUCGGAAUAGAUCGGAGUCUAUCACGUGUUCUGUGUCAUGUCUGUUGCUUGUUCAUGUACUGUAUGUGGGACUUGGUAUAUUAUUAUGUCUGGGGCCACAUUGACAUCCUUAUCAUGACCAACAUGUGUACUAUUUGACUGAGUGACUGCAGAGUGAUAUUUAUUUAUAGGGGGCUAUAAGUACUAAAUAAAGCUCUGAAUAUUCAAUAUAUAAGGGAAUUUUGACUGGUUGUUUCUAAAAGGCCGAGUGAUUUAUUUUAACCGAUGACACUCACCCCAAUGUCACGGUGAUCUAAUGCAGUAGUGUAACAUCAGUAGGUGUGUGGGGAUGGGAUCUCAUCAAAUCAAUUAUUUGAGGUUUUAUAAUAAAAAAUGACCUUUUUAUAUUUGUUUAUUUCUACUUGCUCAAGUCGCCACAUUAUCUUGCUUGUUCUUUUUUUGUAAGUCAAUUGUUUGAAUAAACGUAUGGAUAGUA